AGUAGCUGGUGAAAAUGAAAAUGGAGAAGGAUUAAAUCAGCUCAAUCGCCCUCGAGGAAUUUUUAUUGAUAAAAACAAAACUAUAUUUAUUGCUGAUACUGAGAAUCAUCGAAUUGUUGAAUGGAAACAUGAUGCAAAAGAAGGAAAAAUCAUUGCAGGUGGAAAUGGCAGAGGAAAACGAAUAAAUCAGUUGAAUUAUCCAGCAGGUGUGAUUGUUGAUGAACAAAAUCAUUCCAUCAUCAUUGCUGAUUAUUUGAACAGACGAGUGAUUCAGUGGUUGAAUCAAAAUCAACAAAUUCUCAUUGAUAAUAUAGACUGUUAUGGCUUGGCAAUUCAUAAAAAUGGAUUUCUUUAUGUUUCUGAUGAAAAGAAGAAUGAAGUGAGACGAUGGAAAAUGGGUGAAUAUAACAACGAAGGAAUUAUAGUGACAGGUGGAAAUGGAAAAGGAAAUCAACCCAAUCAACUUAAUAAACCUGGAUUUAUCUUUGUUGAUGAAAAUCAAUCUGUUUAUAUAUCAGAUACGUCCAAUCAUCGUGUAAUGAAAUGGAUAAAAGAUGCAAAAGAAGGAAUAAUUGUAGCUGGAGGAAAUGGUCAAGGAAGAAACCUCAAUCAAUUAUCUUCACCUCAAGAGAUCAUUGUUGAUGAUUUGGGUCGAAUCUAUGUGGCAGAUUGGGGCAAUAAUCGAGUAAUGCGCUGGUGUGAAGGACAAGAAGAAGGUGAAAUUGUUGUUGGUGGAAAUGGUCAAGAAAAUCAAUUGAAUGGUCUCAUGGGUUUAUCUUUUGAUGAUAAAGGAAAUCUUUAUGUUUCUGAUAUGGAAAAUCAUCGAAUUGUAAAAUUUGAAAUAAUAUUGUAA